AUGGAUGACGAUGGUAUGAUUUUAAAUUUUGUUACACACGAUCAUGACACAUCUCAGAAAACUAAUCAAAGUAAUAAUAGGAUUACUGGUGGAAGAUGGAAAGACAGAAGAAAAUUAAGAAGACAGUUGAAUAAGCAAGAAAAAUCGACAAUUAAUAAGAAUACUACCAAUAAUAAGAGAUCAUUUGAGGAUUAUAAUAGCUCUGUUGAAAAAGAGAAGGUUGAUAUUGAAAAUAAUUAUGGUGAUGAUAAUGAAAAUUCUCUCACUAAACCACAAACCAGUAAUAAGAAAUACAAGAUCCAACCAACGGAUUCUAGCAAUAAGUUAAUUAGUAAUAAAAUGACUAAGGAUUUAGAUAAGAAAUUAGCAAAGAAUAACAAUCAAAAAACCCAAUUAGCUAAUGAUCAAAUUGUUUCCUCUUUGUUUACUUCAAAUAGACAAAUUGAAACUUCGAUCAAUCCAAAUGCACAAGACGAAACUAUAGAAAUCAAUCCUUCUAACGCUCCUCUAGCUGGUGAUAAUUUUGGAUCCUUUGGUACUAGUGAAACCUUAAUAAAACAUUUAAAAGAAAAAAUGAGAAUUACAAAACCAACUAGUAUUCAAAAAUUAGUCAUUCCAUACUUAAUUUCAAGUAAGAAUAAGGAAAAUGAUUUGUUCAUUCAUGCGCAAACUGGUUCAGGUAAGACUUUGGCGUUUCUUUUACCCGUAUUAUCGAAUCUUUUAACGAUGAAUGAACAUAUAGAUCGGACAUCAGGUACAUUUGCGUUGAUAAUUGCCCCAACUCGUGAACUGGCAUCCCAAAUUUAUCAAGUCUGCCUAUCGCUUACUCAAUGUUGUCAUUAUUUGGUUCCGUGUUUAUUAAUAGGUGGUGAAAGAAAAAAAUCAGAAAAGGCAAGACUGCGCAAAGGUUGUAACUUUAUUAUAGGUACCCCAGGUCGUAUCUUAGAUCAUUUGCAAAAUACUAAAGUUAUUAGAAAUCAAUUAGCCUCCUCUUUUAGAUACGUAAUUUUAGAUGAAGGUGAUAAAUUGAUGGAAUUAGGUUUUGAAGAAACUUUAACAGAGAUUCUUAAUAUUAUCCAUGAUAUUAAAUUAGAUUUAAAACAUUUUCCGAAGCUUCCGUCACGUAUUGUUCAUAUUUUAUGUAGUGCUACAACCGCUGGUAAUGUGAAGAAACUUGGAAAUGUUGCUUUAAAGAAUUAUAAGUUGAUUUCAAAUAAUACGGAUAAAGAAGAUAGAAGUGAAAUAUCGGUGGCCCCUGAUCAGUUAAAACAAAUUGUGACUAUUGUUCCACCUAAACUGAGAUUGGUCACUUUGGGUGCUAUUCUUAGUGACUUAACAAGGAAAAUUAAAGAAUCUAAGAAAAAAGAUGAAACUGUGAGAACUAUGGUAUUUUUGUCUUGUUCCGAUAGUGUCGAAUUUCAUUUUGAAGCCUUUACUAAUAUGGAUUCUUUUUGUAAGAAUGUUAUACCAGAUUCUGUGAGACAAUUAACCAAGGGGUCUAAUGUCCUACCUUGUCUUGAUGACGAAUCAGAUCCAAAUGUUAUAUUCUAUAAAUUACAUGGUUCUCUAUCACAACAAAUAAGAACAUCAACUUUGAAGCAUUUUGCAACUAAUAAUGAAGCUACUAAAGGUAAACAUUUAAUCAUGUUCUGUACAGAUGUUGCCAGUAGAGGCUUAGAUUUGCCUCAUGUUGGUACUGUUAUCGAAUUUGACCCACCAUUCUCUGUAGAAGACCAUUUGCAUAGGAUAGGUCGUACUGCCCGUGCUGGAAGAAGCGGUGAGAGUAUAUUAUUCUUGUUACCUGGUGAAGAAGAAGGUUAUCUUGGCCAUAUUAAGCCAUACCACCCAAUGGGUUGGAAGCUUCUAAAAUUUGAUCAAGAUAUUUUGAAACCUGCAUUUACUUCUAUGCACGUUGAAAGAAAUGAUAAAAAACAAUAUAAAGAUCAAAAGAAGGAAGCUGUUGAGUGGGAUACAAAUGCUACUACAUGGCAUUUGAAUAUGGAAAGAAGAAUAUUGGAAGAUGAUGAGUUUAAGAAUAUCGCUAUGAAGGGGUAUAGUAGUCAUAUUAGAGCGUACACUACACAUAUAUCCUCUGAAAAAGUUUAUUUCAAUGUGAAAUGUUUACAUCUUGGUCAUUUAGCUAAAAGUUUUGGUCUUAGAGAAAGACCAAAAGCUAUGGGAGCUCAAAAUAAAAAACAGUUAAUAAAUGAGGAUUCUGUUAAACAAAAAAAUAAAAAGGAAAAUGUAAAAGAUGCAAUGUUUAAGGCUGCAAGAAUGAUAGUCAAUAACACUGUCAGUGAAUUUAAUUAUUGA